AGGUGCAAGUAAUAAAAGAGAUACCAUGAUGUUGUCUGUCCAUAAAUGAUGGAUUUAUCUUUAGGUCCUGCCCUACAAGCGAACCAAAUCCUAUAUGGAACAGCCAAAUGUCAAGAUCCCAUUGAUCUAUUUGAAAGAUUAGCUACUUCCUUCUCUAAGAAGAUGUUGACUUUGACUAAAGUCUUAGCUAUAUUAUGUAAAAUGUUUUUUUUUUGGUUGCUUAGGGGAUUAGUAAUGAGGGUAUUUGUGAAGCAUAUGUGUAUUUUAAAACAUGAUUAAAGGUAUGGUUCUCUUUUACUGUGUUUGUGUAAUCAUAUGGUUAAGCAAAACUGUGUAAGAUAUACUUGUCAAAGACUCAAAAUUACUAAUGAGCUACAACCUAUAGAUCUUCCUUUAAUCAUGUAUUAUUAUAAAUACAUAUCUAACGGAGUACUUUGAUUUUAGAAAAUCAAAUCAACAUGAUGUUUGAAAAAUAGUUAGUAGAUUAUUGAUUGGAUGAGAAUCUUAAUCACUACGUGUAUAUACAGUAUACCAUUUUUUAUACUGAUAAUGUCGCAACAUUAUCAGUUACAAUAGUGCUUACAUUAAAAUUAACUUUUCACCUGUUCUUCGACUGUGCAUACAGCUCGGAAGUGUGGGCGUAUUUCUGUUCUUGUACCCGUGUACAUCCUCCCGUCCUGUUUGAAGAGUGUCUUAGGUGGCUAAAGACCUCUUCAACAGACACAAAUAUUCUCCUUAUUGUUAAGCUCAUAUUCCAAGUUGUGCUCUAUAUGAUUUGGAAGGAGAGAAACGCCCGCUUACAUUCAUCUGUGAGCAGGCCCACACAAGCUAUUGUUCAAGAAGUUAAGCAGAUUAUUCGGUCAAAGCUUGAUCCUCUAUCUCGAAACAUGAGAAUCACAGACAGCACCUCUCUUACUUACUUAGGUUCUUGGUUAAGUAUUUUCUAAGGGCAUUGUUAAGUCCCUUGGAGAUUUUUUGAGUAAGGUAGGUUUGUUAGUCCUUGUAAUCCGGUUUUGCAAAAUAAAUAAAGAAGUUUAAAAAAAAAAAAAAAAAAUUAACUUUUCACUAAAAACAAAUCCUGUGACAAACUGACAGGCAGUUGAAAAAGAAAGAGAAAACGUACAAUUUUUUUUUACUGAACUGGGCAAAGUCAUUGACUGUAUCUACUAGUGGGACGUGAAGUGGCAUUCCCUAGAUUCUCAUUAACUUUGAUCUAAGGAGUAAAUGUGAAACGGUCACUCCUUUUUUCAUUAGGGUUUUACAUUUUUUUUUUUUUUUUUUUUGAACACACAUUUGGGUUUUACAUGUUUGUUCACUUUGCUGUAAUAAAAAAAACGAAAAAGACAAAACUAAAGUCUCAUACUUUCUACUGUUUUCUCAUUUCUUUGUACUGUACUUUUCACUUUAUUGUUCUCAAUUCUGCAUCGGGAUCUUAUUGGAUUCCUAAAAAACACAAAAUUUCAAUUUAAAAAACACUGCUUUUACAAAAAACCCUUUAAUUGAAAUCCGAGAAAGAGAAUAAAUGUUCGAUUAAUUCUGAAGUCUGGACCCUGAAGUCCCCACACAGCUUCGAUGGAUCCCAAGAACCCAAAUCAAUAUCAAGUAUCAAACUUCUUGAUCCCACCACCACAACCGAGAGAUGCUUCCGAUGACAACAAAGACGACAAUCAUCAUCACAACAGUCCAGCUGAAGUAAAGGAUUUUCAGAUCGUGGUCGCUUCCGACAAAGAACCGAACAACAACAGUAAGAAGCAGCUUGCCCCCAAGAGAAGCUCAAACAAAGACAGACACACCAAAGUGGAAGGUCGCGGUCGGAGAAUCAGGAUGCCUGCUCUCUGCGCGGCAAGGAUUUUUCAACUGACCAGAGAAUUAGGUCACAAAUCAGACGGUGAAACAAUCCAGUGGCUGCUUCAACAAGCUGAACCGUCGCUUAUCGCAGCCACCGGUUCAGGAACUGUACCGGCCUCUGCUUUAGCCUCAGCUGCUUCUGCUGUAGUCUCUAACCAAGGUGGGUCUCUCACUGCUGGUUUAAUGAUCAGUCAUCAUGACUUAGACUGUGGUGGGUCUAGUAGUGGUAGACCAAGUUGGGGAGAAGGAGGAGGAGAAGUAUGGCCAAAUGGAGCUGGUUACAGAAUUGGGUUUCCCGGGUUUGAUUUUCCUGGUGGAGCUAUGAGUUUUGCUUCCAUUUUUGGUGCUGGUGGUGGUGGUAAUGGUAAUCAGAUGCUGGAACUUGAGUUAGGGUUGUCUCAGGAAGGGAAUGUUGGGGUCUUGAAUCAACAGAUUUAUCAACAGAUGGCUCAAGCUCAGGCUCAGGGUAGAGUUCUUCACCAUACUCUUCAUCAUAAUCCAGGACAUGAAGAUCAUCAGCAAGAGAGCUGUGGGAGAGAUGAAUCUCAAGGCUCAUUUUGAAUAUUGGUUUUUUGUCUUGUGGAUUUGAAAAGGUUAUGGCCUUUUGUUUUGUUAUAUUAUUGUUGUAAUUUGUACUAGUAGCAUGGAGAAGGAAAGAAAGGUUUAAUGCUGAGUGAGAGUGCAUAUAUAUAUGCUUAUUGAAACUACUUUCAGAGGGAUGAUAAUGAUGAUACAAAAGAGAGAGUCAGAUUGUCUGUUCAUUUUUUGAAGCUUUGGAGUUUAAAUUUAAUAGAGAGAAGAAUGUUUUACUUA